CUGAUUAUUACGGAAGAAGCACGGUUUAACCAUACCAGCUGCUUCACGAAGAAUUCUGUCACUCAUUUUUUUUUUUUUUUUCAGGAGUUUGAAGAACUGACAGUUAGUUAUAAAUAUAAGAGUGAAAAACUGGAGGACUGUGAAAAGGCACUGGAGGAGCUUGGUGGCCAUCUCUAUGAGUCGAAACUCAAGGUUGUGGAAUUGAAAGAGGAACUUCUGCCACUAUCCGAAGCGGAAUGGGAGAAAGAUGCUAACGUGGCCAACUGCAAAGGAUGUAAUCUGCAGUUUAGCAUGAGCAAGCGAAAACACCAUUGCAGGAAUUGUGGCUCCAUAUUCUGCAAUUCAUGUACAGAUGCACGAGUCAAGCUACCUUCAAAUGCGAAGCCAGUACGAGUAUGCUUGCACUGCUACAAUCUCUUGCGUUCCCGGCACAACUCGACACUGGAAGAAAACUCCACAUAA